UCAGAAUCUCUUUCCCUCACAUUAGGAUCGUGACACUGGUCUGUCCAGAGGUCUGAAUUCAACCAAACAGACUAACAGAUUCUUCUCCUGGACUCCAUUUAAAUAUAUAAGGUGUAACAGUGGUGUUUCUGCUCCAGGUUCCAGUUUCUGGAGGAAAUCUGAGACCAACAUGGACGAUCCAUUUGAUUCAUAUCCAGAAGAAAUUAAAGAAUGUAAACAAGCACUGAUGAACAAUGAUCGUGCUACAGCAGCUGCAAAGAUUCAAGAAUAUUUAGAAAAACAAGAUAAUAUUCCCCUAAAUAUUGCCGUCACAGGAGAAUCUGGCUCUGGUAAAUCCACCUUUGUUAAUGCCAUUAGAGUCAUAAAAAACAGCGAUGAUGGAGCUGCUCCUACUGGCUGUGUAGAAACCACCAUGGAGGUCACACCAUAUCCUCAUCCAAACUAUCCCAAUGUUACCUUUUGGGAUCUUCCUGGAAUUGGCUCCACCAACUUUCCAGCUGAUCAGUACCUGAAGCAUGUUGAAUUUGAGAAGUUUGACUUCUUCAUCAUCAUCUCAGCUGAUCGCUUCAGAGAAAAUGAUGUGAAACUGGCUCAGGAGAUUCAGAAGAUGAAGAAGAAGUUCUACUUUGUUCGCUCAAAGAUUGACCACAACAUACAGGAUGAGAAAAGAAGUCAGAAGAACUUCAGUGCAGAGACGACUCUUAAACAUAUAAGAGACAGCUGCAUUCAAGGUCUUCAACAACAAGGUUUUGAGGCUCCACAGGUCUUCCUGGUGUCCAGCUUUGACCUCCACCUGUAUGAUUUCUCUCUCCUCCAUGAGACCUUAGAGAGAGAACUUCCUGCANGGAAAGUUUCUAUCUUCCUGAACCUCACACCAGCAUGUGUUGAUUUAUGA